AUUCGAAGCAGCGAGAGAGCGAAGAAUAAGAUUAAGCUAAGCGAUGGGCGUGGAGAAGCAAGUCAUCAGACCCGGCACUGGUGCCAAACCCGCUUCGGGUCAAACCGUCACCGUCCACUGCACCGGAUUCGGGAAAGGUGGUGAUCUUUCCAAGCAGUUCUGGAGUACAAAGGACGCUGGGCAAAAACCUUUCUCCUUCCAGAUCGGUAAAGGUGCUGUGAUCAAAGGAUGGGAUGAAGGCGUUAUGGGAAUGCAAAUUGGAGAGGUUGCUCGCUUGCGGUGCUCACCGGAUUACGCAUAUGGUGCUGGUGGGUUUCCGGCGUGGGGAAUCCAGCCAAACUCGGUUCUCGAUUUUGAAAUCGAAGUACUCAGCGUGCAGUGAUGCUCUCUCUCUAUGAUGUGACAAAAAAAACCUACGUUAAAUUAUUAAGUGGUUGUAACCCUUUUAUCGUAUUGCUUCCGGGAUCUUGUUUGAAACAAAACUUUGUCGUGUCACUCCUGUCAGUGCUCUGCUAAAACUCUUUAUCUAAAAUAAAAGAUCCGUCUCUUGUUUCAGUCCAAAUGUUGUAUGUUUUGUUCCAGUUACCAUGAGACUAUUAUUUAGGCGUGUGACUUUAAACCGAACGGUCCGAGUCCAAAUUUUC